AUGGCGCCACAACCACCACCCGAUCCUGAAAAGGCGUACGCCGUGCCGCCGAGCCCAACCGCCACCGGCGGCGGCGGUGCCGGCCUCGACGGCUCCUCGUCCUCGUCACCGUCCUCGGACACGGAUUCAGUCAUCUUUGCCCCCGUCCGGCGUCCGCCCUCGCGCCGGCCGUCGCUCCGCAGCCGCGCCUCAGCCGAGACGGAGCGCAUCGAUAACGAGGAUCUCUACGAGACACUCGAGCGCGCCGUCACCGUUGACCUUGAGACGGACGAGGAGCGCCAGGCCCGCGCGCCCAUAACCUACACCCGCUCCGGCGCCAGCAGCGUCUUCUCGCGCGCUCCCGAGUACGAGGUCAUCUUUGAGGAAGGUGACCCGGAGAACCCCAAGAACUGGCCGCUCUGGUACCGCGGAUGGACCGUCGCCGUCGCCUCCAUCGGCACCUGGGGCACCACCCUCUACAGCAGCAGCUACACCGCCUCCACGCCCGGCCUGGCAAAGGAGUUUGGCGCCUCGACGACCAUUGUCACCCUCGGCCUCACCACCUACCUUCUCGGCUUGGCCGUCGGCACCCUGAUUGUGGCGCCGCUGAGCGAGCUCUACGGCCGGCGCAACGUCUACCUCGUCUGCAUUGCCGGCUGGGCACUGCUCAUCAUUCCGUCUGGCGUAGCGCACUCGUUGACGAGCAUCAUUGUCGUGAGAUUCUUUGACGCCUUGUUUGGUUCCGUCAUGGUCGGUAAUGCGCCCGGCACAGUCGUCGACAUUUCGCACCCUGACUACCUGGCACGCACCAUGUCGCUCUUCAGCCUCGCCCCCAUGAACGGACCCGUCACCGGUCCCAUUAUUGGCGGUUUCGUAUUCGAGUACCUGGGCUGGCGCUGGGCAAACUGGGUCAUUCUCAUACUCGGCUGCGUCACCUUCUUCAUGAUGCUCACCGUCAAGGAGACGUAUGCGCCCGCCAUCCUCCGCAAAAAGGCCGCGCGCUUGCGCAAGGAAAAUGACGACCCUCGAUACUGGUGCCAGUACGACUAUAAGCUGUCGACGCUGCACUUGUUAAAGGUGAAUCUAAGCCGACCGUUUAUCCUCGCCGCCACCGAACCCAUCUUGUGGUUCAUGAACAUAUGGAUUUCCAUUGUCUACGCCGUCUUGUAUCUUUGCUUUGUCGCCUAUCCCAUCGUCUUCUCGCAGCACCGUGGCUGGUCUGCCGGCACGACCGGCCUAUCUUUUAUCGGCAUCGGCAUCGGCACUCUCACGUCACUCUGCGGCGAACCCAUCUUUCGCCGCAUCAUCAACCGACAACCCCGCGACCCCGAAACCGGCAAAGUGCUGCCCGAGGCGCAAGCUAUUGUCAUGGCCGCCGGCUCCAUCGCCGCGAGCAUCGGUCAGAUGGGCUUCUCGUGGACGUGCCUACCCACGAGCAUCCACUGGGCGGUCCCCAUCGCCUUUGGCAUCCCCUUUGGCUUCGGCAACACCAUAGUCUUCAUUUACGGCUCCAAUUACCUUGCCGGCGCCUACGGCAUCUACGCGGCCAGCGCACUCUCUGGCAACGCCUUUAUCCGCAGCGUCAUUGGCGGCACGCUGCCGCUCGCCGGCCCGACCAUGUACAACACGCUGACGCCGCGCUGGGCGGGCACCGUGCUCGGCGUCGCCGAGAUUAUCAUGAUUCCGAUCCCGUUUGUGUUUUGGCGUUACGGAGCAAAGAUUCGCGCCAAGAGCAGACUCAUUCGCCAGCUGCGCGAGGAUCAGGCCCGCAUGGACGCCAAGAGAGCAAAGGGAGCGGCAAAGAUGGAGGCGAAGAGGCAGAGGGAAGGAAAGGCGGUGGAUCAGACGGUCGUGGAGACAAAGAUGAGCAAAUCGAGCUCGUAA